AUGAGAUACAUCAUAGACGAAAAUACCCGUUCGACUGAGAGCAGUGAAACUAGAUGCUGGACGUCUAAUCAACCCCCAGCGACAUUUGUGAGGACCGCUCUUCUACAAAGAAAUCCUGGAGAAGAGGGUUUCGGUUUUGUUCUCACCAAUUCCAAGUCCUCGACUUCUAGACGUCCUGGUGAUCACUGCAUUGCUCGAGUGGUGCCCGGAAGUGCAUCAGAUCGAUCGCGUCUACUGCAUGUCGGUGACCGUCUGAUUUCCGUGAAUGGGGUCAAUGUGACUAAUUUACCUCGAGAAGAAGUUGUUCGUCUUGUCAAAUCAAGCGGCUCCCAACUUGCACUCUCCUUCCUCUCUCAUAGUGCCCGUAUGUUGAAUGCUCUCUGUGCUAGAUGUAUAGCAAAAAUCCGCGGUUUUUUGGAUCUGGAAGUUGCCGUAAUGCCCUCCUAUGAGCAGAUGCAGUUCUACAGCAGCCAAUUCUUUCCUAAUCAACAACGACAACAGCAUCAACAUCAUCAUCAGAAGGCUCGAGCAAUUUUCUUCCAAGUCACUCUCUUCCGAUCCAGUCGUGGAUUCGGUUUCUCCAUUCGUGGAGGUCACGAGUUCAAUCAAAUGCCGCUCGCUGUACUACGAGUUGAAUUCACUGUGAAGAGCUCAAACACUAGUGGUUCCUUCAAAGUGAAGGAGCUCAAUUCGACACAGUCGGUAGAAGACGCUCGUAUUUUAAUAAUUACGCCUAAAGAUGGCGAAGCAGGAGCCAUCUGCCCGGACCAUUUCACCACCAUGGACGCCAUUGUCGCUUGCAAACAAACUAAUUUCGGGAUUGGUGGACGCAUCGUUGAAGUAAGCACUUACCAAUAA